GAGGGCCUUAUCUCUUCCAACUCAUUAGUUGAGCUCACUCCUUCAGUUCAGACUAAACUUAGCUACACGCCUACACCGUUUGAUAUUUCGGAAUCUCUGAUUGAGAAUGGCGCACUCCCUGUGUUUUGCUCCUAUCUGCUCCUUGAAAUCCUCAAACAGGCCUGAGGCAGUUGUCGGUAAUUCGGUUACCCGAAAGGCUUUUGGGAUGAAAGAAGCAUGUCAGCAUUCUAAUGUUCGAAAGUUUCAGUCUUUGGAGGUUAAGGCUACAGAAGAUGGCAAACAAAGCACAAAAACUAGGAGCAUUGUUUGUUCUGAUUGUGAUGGAAACGGUGCAAUAUCAUGCUCUCAAUGCAAAGGUACUGGAGUUAAUGCUGUAGAUCAUUUCAAUGGACGAUUUAAAGCUGGUGGAUUAUGUUGGCUAUGCAGGGGUAAAAGGGAUAUUUUGUGUGGAAGUUGUAACGGGGCUGGCUUCCUUGGUGGAAUCAUGAGCACAUUUGAUGAUUAGAAGAUUGGCUAGAUUGAAACCAAAGAUUCCUCAUAGCUAAACAAAGAGAAAAGGAUGUAGGAAUCUGUUUGUUCCUUCGUUGGUCUUUUUGCAAUCAGUAUUCAAUUAUGUAUUCUGCAGUUGUGACAAUAAAAUUUUGUAUUCGUGAUUGUUCCGUGGUUGAGUAUAGACCCACCAGAUGCUUUUAAUAGAUUAAAUUAAUACCUAAUUGCUGA